AUGCCUGGGGCAGGCGCCGGCGUGCAGGCGCCCGAGGCCUCGCCGGGCCGCUACGUGCGCCGCCACGACGAGGUGGCGCCCGACGACGACGGCUGCGACGACGUGUUCGGAGUCCAAGUGCGCGGGCCCGGGGACGACCCCUUCGACAUCCCCGCCAAGCGGGCGCCCGUCGAGCGCCUCAGGCGAUGGAGGCAAGCUGCACUUGUGCUCAAUGCUUCUCGGCGAUUCAGAUACACUCUUGACUUGAAAAAAGAGGAAGAAAAAGAACAUAUAAGGAGGAAAAUUAGGGCUCAUGCUCAAGUCAUACGGGCUGCGUUACUUUUCAAGGAAGCAGGAGAAAAGCAGAAUGGCGAUAGAGAAUUACAAGAAAUUCUCCCACGGGGUUUUGGAAUUGGAGAGGACCAACUUACAUCAUUGACAAGGGAUCAUAACUAUUCCACUCUGCAAGAAUAUGGUGGGGUUAAAGGGCUCCUAAAUUUACUGAAAACAAACUCAGAGAAGGGAAUCCAUGGAGAUGAAGCAGAUUUGUCAAGCAGGGCAAAUGCUUUUGGGGCUAACAGAUAUCCUCGCAAGAAAGGAAGAAGCUUUUGGGUUUUUCUCUGGGAGGCCUGCCAGGACUUAACAUUGGUUAUCCUUAUCGUGGCUGCAGCCAUUUCUCUAGCAUUGGGCAUCGCAACAGAGGGCAUCAAAGAAGGAUGGUACGACGGCGCCAGUAUAGCAUUUGCUGUAUUUCUUGUGAUAUUUGUUACUGCUGUCAGUGAUUACAAACAGUCGUUGCAGUUCCAACACCUCAAUGAGGAGAAGCAAAAUAUCCAAGUCGAGGUUAUUCGGGGCGGUAGAAGGAUUCAAGUCUCAAUCUUUGACCUUGUGGUUGGUGAUGUAGUAGCUUUGAAAAUUGGUGAUCAGGUUCCAGCUGACGGUGUUUUAAUUAGUGGCCAUUCUCUUGCCAUUGAUGAGUCCAGUAUGACUGGGGAAAGCAAAAUUGUUUUCAAGGAUCAGAAGUCACCUUUUCUAAUGGGAGGAUGCAAAGUAGCGGAUGGUUAUGGUACCAUGUUGGUAACUGCAGUUGGUCUGAAUACUGAAUGGGGUUUACUAAUGGCUAGCAUUUCAGAAGACAACAAUGAAGAGACCCCAUUGCAGGUGCGGUUGAAUGGAGUAGCAACAUUCAUAGGCAUUGUGGGGCUUGUCGUUGCUGCACUGGUUCUUGUAGUCCUUUUUGCAAGAUAUUUUACAGGACAUACUACAAACCCAGAUGGCACCGUUCAGUUUGUUAAGGGGCAAACAAGUGUGAAAUCUAUUAUAUUUGGAUCAAUAAAGAUACUUACUGUUGCGGUGACUAUUAUUGUCGUGGCUGUGCCUGAGGGACUACCGUUGGCUGUAACACUAACCCUGGCUUAUUCAAUGAGGAAAAUGAUGGCAGACAAAGCUUUGGUGAGAAGGCUUUCAGCUUGUGAAACGAUGGGUUCUGCUACAACAAUUUGUAGUGACAAGACUGGUACAUUAACGCUCAACCAGAUGACUGUGGUGCGAUCAAUAGUUGGGGGGAUAGAGCUGCAGCCUCAGGCUUCUACCGAGAAGCUGUCACCUACAGUUACCUCUUUUGUACUUGAAGGAAUUGCACAGAAUACUUCAGGCAGUGUCUUUGAGCCAGAGGAUGGUAGCACUGUCGAGAUAACAGGCUCACCAACUGAGAAGGCUAUCCUUUCGUGGGGUGUUGAGCUUCAUAUGAAAUUUGCGGCGGAGCGAUCGAAAUCUGCUAUCAUUCAUGUCUCUCCAUUCAACUCAGAAAAAAAACGUGGCGGUGUUGCAGUAACUGGGAGAGAUUCAGAUGUUCAUGUGCACUGGAAAGGAGCUGCUGAAAUAGUUCUUGCCUUAUGUACAAAUUGGCUUGAUGUAGAUGGCUCAAUUCAUGAAAUGACACCUGAUAAGGCUAAUCAAUUCAAGAAAUACAUAGAAGAUAUGGCCGAGCAAAGCCUUCGCUGUGUUGCUUUUGCUUAUAGAAAUCUUGAUCCCAAGGACAUUCCAAGCGAGGAACAAAGAAUUAACUGGCAGUUACCAGAUAAUGACCUGACUCUUAUUGGAAUUGUGGGGAUGAAGGAUCCUUGUCGCCCUGGAGUGAGAGAUGCUGUUGAGCUGUGCACCAAUUCUGGUGUUAAGGUACGAAUGGUAACUGGAGACAAUCUGCAGACAGCUAGAGCAAUAGCACUUGAAUGUGGAAUACUCACUGACCCCCAGGCUUCUACACCAGUCAUAAUAGAGGGAAGAGUUUUCCGUGCAUACAGUGAUGCCGAAAGGGAGGCAGUUGCCGACAAGAUAUCUGUGAUGGGAAGAUCCUCACCGAAUGAUAAGCUUCUCCUUGUAAAAGCACUCAAGAAGAAUGGCCAUGUUGUUGCUGUUACUGGUGACGGGACAAAUGAUGCCCCUGCAUUGCACGAGGCAGAUAUUGGUCUUUCUAUGGGCAUCCAAGGAACAGAAGUAGCUAAAGAGAGCUCAGACAUAAUUAUUCUGGAUGAUAAUUUUGCUUCAGUCGUGAAGGUGGUCCGCUGGGGUCGUUCUGUUUAUGCCAAUAUCCAAAAGUUUAUUCAAUUCCAGCUUACUGUAAAUGUUGCGGCUCUUAUCAUCAAUGUGGUUGCGGCCAUUUCCUCUGGCAAUGUUCCUCUAAACGCUGUUCAGCUUCUCUGGGUUAAUCUCAUAAUGGACACACUUGGUGCGCUUGCAUUGGCUACUGAACCACCAACGGACCAACUUAUGAAGCGGACACCUGUUGGACGGAGAGAACCUCUUGUGACUAAUAUCAUGUGGAGAAACUUGUUCAUUCAGGCUGUCUAUCAAGUUGCUGUUCUUCUGACGCUUAACUUUGGAGGCCGAAAUCUUCUGCAUUUGACUCAAGAUACCUUUGAACACUCUAAUAAAGUCAAAAAUUCAUUUAUAUUCAACACAUUUGUCCUGUGUCAGGUGUUUAAUGAGUUCAAUUCGCGUAAACCAGAAGAGCUCAACAUAUUUGAAGGAGUUUCAAGAAACCAUCUCUUUUUGGGCGUUGUGAGCGUAACUGUUGUGCUGCAGGUGAUAAUUAUUGAGUUCCUGGGGAAAUUUACAUCAACUGUUAGACUCAGCUGGGAGCUUUGGCUUGUUUCUAUCGGUAUUGCUUUUGUCAGCUGGCCGUUGGCUUUUGUUGGGAAGUUCAUUCCAGUUCCCCAGACUCCGUUGAAGGAUUUGAUCCUCAAGUGUUUGCCAAAAAGGAAGAAGCAAGCUGACGAAGGGCCAACUCCACCGGUGUGAUGACCGAACAUCUCUCCAAGUGACAAAAAUCAUCAGCCGCCGAAUUCCAGUGCUUAUGCAUACAAGUGCUGGCAUAAAUUUUAGUACUGAUAUCUUCUAACCACGGUAGCUUUUAGCCUGAUUGAAUACUCUGAGGUUGAAGACAACGUGAGUGAGAUGCUUCAUUCUCGCUGACUCGAAUGCUGGGGUUUGAAGCCGAUGUGAACAAAGGACAUUAUUUCACUAGCUUAACAGAUGUUAGAAAUUUGGCAUCUACACUGUACAAAUGGUGCAUCAGGGUUAGAAUGAUCUUGCCAGUUGGGAAGCUCGUUAGCUAACAAAUUUCCUUUUGACAAGAGUGAUGUGUAUAUCAUUUCGUCUAGGUUUCUUCUCUAGGAUUUCGUUCUAACAAACUAAGCCCUUGUGGAGAGUUGGUUUGGGAUUUCUUUGGAGUGAUACUGGAAUACUGAUGUGUGGUCGCAGCUUGAACUUGCAUAAUGUGCAUUAAGUUGGUGCUGACGUUAUUAAACUA